AUGAACUCGUGGGACGCGGGCCUGGCGGGGCUGCUGGUGGCCACGAUGGGCGUCUCGCUGCUGUCCAACGCGCUGGUGCUGCUGUGCCUGCUGCACAGCGCCGACAUCCGCCGCCAGGCGCCGGCGCUCUUCACCCUCAACCUCACGUGCGGGAACCUGCUGUGCACCGUGGUCAACAUGCCGCUCACGCUGGCCGGCGUCGUGGCGCAGCGGCAGCCGGCCGGCGACCGCCUGUGCCGCCUGGCCGCCUUCCUGGACACCUUCCUGGCCGCCAACUCCAUGCUGAGCAUGGCCGCGCUCAGCAUCGACCGCUGGGUGGCCGUGGUCUUCCCGCUGAGCUACCGCGCCAAGAUGCGCCUCCGCGACGCCGCGCUCAUGGUGGCCUACACGUGGCUGCACGCGCUGGCCUUCCCGGCCGCCGCGCUCGCCCUGUCCUGGCUCGGCUUCCACCAGCUGUACGCUUCGUGCACGCUCUGCAGCCGGCGGCCCGACGAGCGCCUGCGCUUCGCCGUCUUCACCGGCGCCUUCCACGCGCUCAGCUUCCUGCUGUCCUUCGUCGUGCUCUGCUUCACGUACCUCAAGGUGCUCAAGGUGGCCCGCUUCCACUGCAAGCGCAUCGACGUGAUCACCAUGCAGACGCUCGUGCUGCUCGUGGACAUCCACCCCAGUGUGCGGGAACGCUGUCUGGAGGAACAGAAGCGCAGGCGGCAGCGUGCCACCAAGAAGAUCAGCACUUUCAUAGGGACCUUCCUGGUGUGCUUUGCCCCCUACGUGAUCACCAGGCUGGUGGAGCUGUUCUCCAUGGCACCCAUCGGAUCCCACUGGGGGGUGCUGUCCAAGUGCUUGGCCUACAGCAAGGCCGCAUCCGACCCCUUUGUGUACUCCCUACUGCGACACCAGUACCGCAAAAGCUGCAAAGAGAUUCUGAACAAGAUUCUCAACAGACGCUCCAUCCACUCCUUGGGCCUCACCGGUGACUCUCACAGCCAGAACAUUCUGCCGGUCUCUGAGUGA